AUGACCUCAAAGAGGAAAACAAAGAGAAAUUCUAGAAAUACAUUAAAGGAACAUGAAGCCAACUCCCGUCGUCGUAAAUUAUUUUCACUUGAGGAGCCAGAUGUCUCAAGGAUAUUGAAGGUAGCAGAAGGAAAUCAACUUGAGGAGCCUGACGAUUCAUUUGAUCACCCUUUGCACAGUACUGCUGUGGAUGCUUAUGGAGAGGAACAUUCACAAAACGAGUCACCUGGUCAUGUUUCAGCACUGCAAAGAAAAAAUACCGGAAGAAGUAAAAAAAUGCAUCUCGCAAAAACGUCUGCUGGUGAUAUUGAGAAAUCCAACACAGCUGCUUCUGGAGAUGAACACCUUAAGGAGAAUAUGAAGGCUCUGAAUACCAAGUCCAAGGUGAAAAGGAAGCGACCUUCAGAGGAGAACAUAUCAGAAUCUUCUGUGGAUAGCCCAUGUUCUGUCCAGAUUUGGUGUCCCAAAGAGCUGAAGAGAUCUCCUAGAGAUAUUACAGAACUGGAUGUUGUUCUAGCUGAAUUUGAGAAGAUAGCAGCAGAUUACAGACAAAGCAUAGAUUCAGACGUUUGCAGAAAAGCUAUCAGUGGCUUCUGUUCUGCUUUCAAGGAACAAAUCACCGAUCUUAUAGUUGAAGUCCAGAAAUUAAAGAAUAUGAAGAAAAAAAAUGCUAAGGUAAUGACAGACAUCAAAAAGAAAAGGCAGCGACUGUUGGAAAUCAGAGAAGAGAUAAUGGGAGCUGAACCACAACUGAUAAAACUACAAAGAGAAUAUGCAGAGUUGCUGGAAAGGAAAUCUUCCUUGAGGCAAGCAACUGAAUUACUUACUGAUUUAAAGGAGCUACAGCAAGACUGUUUGGAUUACAGAGAAGGAAACCCGAAAGAAAAAGUAGUAUAUGGAAUUUCCAGCCUUCCUGCUCUUCUGCUGGAGUCACGGAGAAUUCUAGGAGCAGAAAGACACUUUCAGAAUAUUAAUAAAAAACUGGAAAAGGCUCUGGAUGAACAAAAAGAGAAGUUAUCAGAGAAACAUUAA